GCACAACAGCGGUUCUCAUAAUCACCGUCACCCGACAACGCAGACCACGAUGCACUUCUCUACUCCCACAUUCGCAUACCUCGCCUCUGCACUCGUCCUCGCGCUUCUGCCCCAGGCAGCCCACGCCGGGAUCACCGCCUUCAGCGGCAGUACCUGCAAUGGCGCCGCUGGACUGAACGUCCCCUGCGACGGAUCGUGCCACCAGUUCAGCGACCGCCAUUCCUUCCGCGUCGACAGCGGGUCCGGCGGCCACUGUGUGACGAUGUUUGAGGACGCGGGCUGUCCGGCGGGCGCUGAAGGUCGGAUGUUCACGUUCACAAAUGAGAACGGCGGCUGCCAGAACGUGAACACUGGCACGAACAUUCAGUCCUUCAUCUGCUCGUCGAACAACAUCUGCUUGGUAUAAGCAGUAUCCGGUUCACUCGGGCUGCCAACAAACAGAGCUGGUCCAAGGCUGUCGGGGAGAGGGUGUAGGAGUAGCGCAGAUGAAGUGGUCGGUGUAAUUAUAUAGUCCCAGGUUCUCGGUUACCGCAUCUCUGACGAUCGAAGUACAAACGUUGGAUCAAGAUAUAAGUCCUGGCGGACGUAGAUUUAGC